CUCACCGACCAACCGAUGAAGGAUGUGGAGCUGGUCUGGUACACAGAUGGAAGCAGUUAUCUGCUCAAUGGAGAACGACGAGCAGGAGCAGCCGUCACCACCGAAUCUGAGGGAUCAACUUCUGCGCCAAGAAGCAGAAAACUGUCAAGCAUGUGCCCAGGUAAAUGCUGGUAAGAUCAAAAUUGGAACAGGGAUCCGGGUGAAAGGCCAUAAGCCCGGAACCCAUUGGGAAAUAGACUUCACUGAAAUUAAACCUGGUAUGUAUGGCUACAAAUAUCUUCUGGUUUUUGUUGACACUUUCUCUGGAUGGACCGAGGCAUUCCCAACUCGGCAUGAGACUGCUAAGGUGGUUGCAAAGAAAUUACUGGAAGAAAUCUUUCCCAGGUAUGGAGUACCCGGGACCAUUGGGUCAGAUAACGGGCCUGCCUUUGUCUCCCAGGUAAGUCAAAUGGUGGCCAAUACAUUGGGGAUUAAUUGGAAAUUACAUUGUGCUUAUAGACCCCAAAGUUCAGGACAGGUAGAAAGGAUGAAUAGAACCAUCAAGGAGACUUUAACUAACUUAACGCUUGAAACUGGCACUAGAGACUGGGUACAACUCCUACCUUUAGCUUUAUACCGGGCCCGAAACACCCCAGGCCCACAGGGGCUAACCCCAUUUGAGAUUUUGUACGGUGCACCACCACCUGCUGUUAACUUUUAUGAAACUGAAACUUAUGCCUCCCUCACCCCAUCUAUGCAGACUCAUUUGCGUGCCUUGCAGUUGGUCCAGAACGAGGUUUGGAAGCCUCUAGCCGCAGCAUACAAGGAGGAACUCAAAACCCCCUCGCUGCCACAUCCCUUCAAAGUCGGAGACACCGUCUGGGUACGCAGGCACCAGAGCAAGAACCUCGAACCGCGGUGGAAAGGACCUUACACCAUCCUGCUGACCACUCCCACUGCAAUCAAAGUGGACGGCAUCACCGCUUGGAUCCACGCUUCCCACGUGAAAGCUGCACAUCCGCAGGAGCCCACAGACGCCUCUCUGGAUCCAGAAUGGAAACUGCAACGCACCCAAAACCCGCUAAAGAUAAGACUUACACGUUGUUAAUCACUCUUGCUCUCUACGCUACUCCCCUCGUCCUAGGUAGUAAUCCCCAUACCCCCAUGAAGUUGACUUGGCAGGUGUAUUCCGAAACCGGAAAAAUAAUUUGGUCUAUUACAGCAGCCCACAUCCCUGGCACAUGGUGGCCUAUUUUGACCCCAGACUUUUGUCAACUAGCCGCUGAAUCAGACUCUUGGGAUAUUCCCGGCAACUCACAUGACCUCAGUACUUAUUGUUCUACCCCCAUAACGAGAUGCAGACUGGGUCAACAUGACUUUUACGUUUGUCCCAAAGAAGGGAGAAACCGAACCCAAGCACGUAGAUGUGGAAAUUAUGAAACAUACUUUUGCUCCUCCUGGGGCUGUGAAACUACAGGGGACGCUCACUGGAAACCUUCUUCUGAUAAGGAAUUCAUAACAAUACUCAAAAACUUCACUCCCCAUGGCACGCGCCCCUCUGAUUGCUAUC